AUGGCUGCCGGCGCUGCUGUCCCAGGCCUCUUCUUCACCUUCGCCGCCAUGGUCCUCCUUAUCUUUGCUUCAGUAUCAGCUCCGACAUGGAACAGCGUAUCGUUCCUCAAUGUUGGACGCCUUCACUUUGGCUGCUUCGGGUUCACGGGCUCCCAAACAAGUGUUGGAUGGUUCUUCCCUAAUGCCUUGGCUAGCCAGCGUCUCAACGAUGACGUCUUCCACAGCCUCACCUUCGUCCUCGUCCUCAUCCCUGUCGGCGCCGGCUUGGCUGGAAUCGCUGUCCUCUGCGGCCUGUGCGGCGCAGCUUACCACCGCGUUGGCACCGUCUUCAUGACUCUCGUCUCCGCCCUCGCCUUCCUCGACGUUCUUGUCGCCUGGGUCAUCGAGAUGGCUCUCUUUGGCACCGCGCGCCACGACAUGCGGAGUCGCGGCAUCAACGCACAGUGGGGGAACGCCAACUGGCUCGUCCUCGGUGCGCUUGUUGCCCUCUUCGUUGGCUUCUUCUUCAGCCUGUGUGGAUCCUUUGGCCACUACAGCCGCCGCAGGGCAGCCGCGUACUGA